UCUUUGUCAAUAGCCUUGUACUGGGUUAGCUAGCAUGCUAGCCAUGUGUUGGAUAACAGAUAUUUCAACAAAUAUUUUAAUCUUAUGAAAAAAUAACAGUACCAGUCCAUAGCCAAGAAUGGUGGCUGUCGGCCGCAUCUGCAUAUCAAAUAAAUGACUACGGAUUUCGGCUAGUUAAAGUAUUCAGUUACUAGCGGCUGCAGGUGUUGGGGCUGGGGACUUCACUGAUCUGAAGCAUUCAAGAGCUGAAACAACCAAUCAUAAGUGUGUAGAGACAGACAGACAGGCAGACAAACACCCACAUGUGCGCUGUGUGCCCCCUUCGCUGGGCCAAGCGCCAUGCCUGAUCGUGACAGUGCCUACCUGUCAGGUGGCAGUGGGGGAGGCAGUGGGGCUGUAGUGGGCGUCAGCGUCGGUGAAGAGGGAGGAGCCGGUGCAGGGCUAGUGGGUGGAGCAGGGGAAGGCAGAGGGGGAACGGCGGGAGGCGGAACUUGCGGAGGAGGGGGUGGCGCUGGGUCGGCCGCGAUGGGGGGAGGAGGGGCGCUGGGGAACGGGAGCAGCUGUGGGGGGCUGGGCUCAGGGCUGGCCCUGGAUGGUGUCUGCCGGGACUUCCUGCGCAACGUAUGCAAGAGGGGGAAGCGCUGCCGCUUCCGCCACCCGGACUUCAAUGAGGUGCCCGACCUGGGCGUGCAGAAGAACGAGUUCAUCUUCUGCCAUGACCACCAGAACAAGGAGUGUGUGCGCGCCAACUGCCGUUUUGUGCACGGAUCCAAGGAGGACGAGGAUUACUACAAAAAGACGGGCGAGCUGCCCCUCAGGCUCCGAGGCAAAGUGGCGGCUGGCCUGGGACUGUCCCCAACCGACCUGCCCCUGAGCCGCGGUGAGGUACCCAUCUGCAGGGACUUCCUGAAGGGGGAGUGUCAGCGGGGAAACAAGUGCAAGUUCCGUCACGUGAAGAAGGACUAUGAAUACGAGCCGGCCCGGGUCGGGGGAGGCGGGGUCAUGGGCGCUGGGGUCAGUGGGAUGGUGAGCAUGACGGGAGGAGGAGGUGGCUGUGGAGGGGUGGGGGGGAGCAUGUCGGGACUGGUUGGGGGAGGUGGCGGGCCCAACAUGUUGGGGAUGGGAUGCCCGAGCUUGGGGGGCUGCAGGGAGCAGGGCAUUUUAGGUGGGGGUGGAGGAGGCGGUGUGGGGCUAGGGGGCUGUCUCUCCAUGGGUCCCCCAGGGCCCAGGCGCUUUGACAGGGGCCCCUGCUCAGUGUACGACCCUCUAUUUGAGAGCGGACUGUUCGAGGCGGGGCCCCUGGAGGCCCCUGUGGACCAUGCGGCACUGCAGCUGAAGAGACGGCGGCUGGAGGGGCUGCGGCUAGCAGACGGAGGGGGAGGGGGCCACUACGAGCUAGGAGUGCAGGCUGCCCUCCCACCCCGCCCACUGGAGUACAGGUUUCUGGAGGAGGAGAACACCCUGCUGAGGAAGAGGGUGGAGGAACUGAAAAAACAGGUCUCCAACCUUAUUGCCACCAACGAGGUCCUGCUGGAGCAGAACGCCCAGUUCCGCAGCCAGGCCAAGGUGAUGACGCUGUCCUCCACACCAGCGCCCUCUGAGCAGAGCCUGGCGCCUCCUGUCGGCUCCGUCAGUUCUUACAACCACAGCAUUGCCCAGACUCACACCACUUUGAGCAGCGCCGGCUUGCAGCCCCGCCCCGUCACCCAGCAGGACUUGGUGGCCCCUGCGGGAGCCCCCACUGCCCCUCCUUCCAACACUGCGCCGCCCACAGCGCCUCCACCCCACCUCAACCCCGAGAUCACCCCCCUCUCCGCAGCGCUGGCCCAGACCAUUGCCCAGGGCAUGGCACCGCCCGUCUCCAUGGCGCCAGUGGCUGUCUCCGUGGCUCCCGUGGCUGUGUCCAUGGCCCAGCCCCUUCCUGGCAUCACCAUGAGCCACGCCACAACCCCCAUGGUAUCCUACCCCAUUGCCAGCCAGAGCAUGCGGAUCACUACCCUGCCUCACUGACAUGCUGGGUUCCACAGUGUCCCCUACAGCAAGCAGUCUGAAAAGCCCUGCGCAUCCUGUUCAUAUUCAUUUACUCCUCACUCUGAUGCACAGACUGGGAGACUGACUGGUGCAAAGACAAGGGGAAAUCUUGUAGACCCGCACGCACGUACAGACCCUACACACACACCAGAGCAGAGUGGCUGAAGUUGAAACUGUACCCCAUGUGAUGUGGGAGUAGGAGCCUCUUCACUCUGUGUAAAUUUGAAGGAUUCAAUGCUACAAGCGCCUUUUUCCACUGGCACCAAAUAGAUUGAAAUACAUAUUUGUACAGAACACUCUCCUGCUCUAAAACCUCAGAAUGUAGAAGGACUCAAAAAUGGAGGCUUGCCAGGAAAUUUCAUGACUUCAGAAUUUUAUUAAUAUUUUUUAUAGAAUCCAUCUGUGUAAUUAUACUUUUGCACAAACACACUCCAAGUGACAACAAAGCAAACUGAAUAUUCCUUGAUGUUAGUAGAUCAGAAAAUGGAUCUUCAAAAAGCAGGGGUCUUGGGUCCUCAUGUUGGCCCGUAUUGAGUUAGUAACAAUGACGUGGUCUGAAGAAAGGUGGGACACGUGGCUUGACCGUAGCUGUGAUGAACUGGAGCCUGAGCAUGUUCAUGCUGCUGGCUGCAUAUAACUUACUUGGUCAAGAACCAUGUACCACUCCGGCUUGUGACCUCUUGUCCUAAUUUAUUGAACCAGUUGGAAAAAUUUAAAUUCAUGUAAUUGUUUUUGCAUCUGAGAGACCCCUCAUGUUGGGCAUUAAUUUAGAGGUAAGACACCGAAGGAUGUGUUUUUAUUGCUUUUCUCUUGCUUUUAUCUAGGGCAACAAACAAAUUAGGAACAUAAGCAAGCUGUAUGAGAGUCAGAGAGCGGUCAUAUUUUUACAUUUGCAGCUUCACUGGAAAACUUUUAAGGUGUCAGUUUUCUACUCACAUUAAUUGAAUUAGCAGUAAAUCAGUCAUUUGAUGUCUAUAGGAAACACUUUUGUUUGUUCAUUUGAAAUGACUGAUCUCAUGUCUGGUGUACUCACUAAAUAAGACCUGAACCUUAAUAGAGUAUGAUUAUUUCAGUGUAGGUUUAACUUCAGAAAGGACUAAACUUGACCAUUGAGGUUACAGAUGUUCCAGAACAGACCACAGGUUGGGGAGUCAUGUACCUCUCAUGAUCAUUAGGUCUUACCUGAGAGGGAGUCUGCAUCACAGCCUGGAAACUUAGUCUGAGAAAAUGUUUUUACUUCACUUUUACUUUGGUCAGAAAAGGUUGCAUUAAUGAUCUUUUGGAGUGACU